AUGGGGAGACAGCAGCCAGUGCCCCCCAGCGUAUCCAUCUCGCUGGUGCCCUCGAGCUCCCAGCCGGGCUGCUCCCUGAUGGAUUUCUACCCUGCCCACACCCAGCUGAGGUGGCUCCAGGGCCAGCAGGAGCUCUCUGUGGUGGCCACCGACAGUCCCAACAAGGACUGGACCUACCAGCUCCUGGUGCUGCUGGAAACCCCCCCCUGGCACGGGCUCACCUGCACCUGCCAGGUCGAGCACGUCAGCCUGGAGCACCCCCUGAGCCGCCACUGGGACCCCCCAGAGAUGCCGCCAGACGCCGCCUGCAGCAAGAUGCCCACAGGGAUCGGAGACUCAGAGUUGGGCUUUGUCUUCCUGGCACUGGGGCUCGGCUUCUGCCUGCACAAGAAGGUCAGGGGGGUCCCGGGGGUCGUGGCCCCCCUCCCCCAGAGCGUGUGUGCUCUCCCCGGGGCCCCAGCCCGCUGUCACCCCCUUUUCUCUGCCCACACAGCUCCUGAGCCGCCGGCGCCCGCAGCCGCUCCGCGCGGCCUCGGGCCCGGACAGGACCCCCUGCUCUGUCCCCACGAUGAUUUUGGAGGGGUCGUGUGUCCCCCCAGCCCUGCUGUCACUCUGCCCCUGCCCGCCUGCUCCCAGUCUUCCCAGUAAAGCUUCCCAGUU